AUGCGUGACGUAUCACGUCUAAAAAUCCAUCAAUUAUGCAACAAAAUUAUAAAAUUAAAGGACUAUAUCAAGCUUCAUGAGAACAAAAUUGAUUUGAGUAAUGCAACUCAUUUGAAUUCGAGUUCACCAUUAAAGAAAAUUGAAUCGACUAGUAUUAAAGGACGAAAGGAAGUUCGCAGUUUAACCAACACCUCAAUGAGAUCAGGUAUGGUUGAGUUGACUAUGAUUGAAGAAUCUAGCAAAACAAAACACUAUAUUGGUCCUCUGAGCUCACUAGCUGUAUUAUCUUGGGCUUCUUCGGCUUUGAAUAAGAAAGUUGAUUUUGGUAAGUAUAGAACGCUGUUUGCUUUUUUGGAAGAAAACAGUCAAUUUUCCGAAGACUUAAGUCAAAAGUACAAAUUCGAAAAGAUAUUACUUACUCCCCAAGUUACUCGCAUACUACUUCAACAUUAUUUCGAGCACAUAUACCCUAACUACCCAAUAUUUGAAAGAUCAUACUUUAUAUUUGAUGUUAAGAUAAAAAACCUUCCAAGUAAGAAACGCCUCUUUGUGUUGUAUUCAUUAUCAAUUUCAUCAUGUCAUUUAAUGAGAAGUUUAAAGCAGUUUUAUCCUAUUACGUUAAUGUUACAACAGUGGACUUCGGAGCUUUGUAAAGAUGUUUUAGCUGAAAAUAGCGCUGAAUCAUUUCUAGCAUUGAUUCAUGAGUGUAUCUUUCAGCUUUUUGAAACAAAUUCGCGCAGUCUCUGGCACAUAUUGGGACUCUGUACCAGGUUUUGCCUCAAAUAUGGAUAUCCAAGAUAUCUAUCCGAAUCAAGUGAGGAGCUCCGCGAUUUAAAAAAGGCAAUUUUAAUCUUGUAUGACAUUGAAACGGACGUUUGCCUUUCACUCGGAAGACCAUCAAUGCUUACGGCUCAGAAAUUUAAUACUGAGAAGUUAUCAGAGCAUGAGAAAGCCAUAAUUGAGAGAAGUUUGAACAGAAUUACUUUAUUUCGCGUACUAUUAAAUUCAAACUUAAAAUGCCCAUUCUCCGAAGACUUGUUCAAUAUAAUGAGGGAAGAUCUAAAGAGAGACUUUUCGUAUUUGUUGGAGCUCUGGCUAUAUAUUGGGUGCCAUGUUUUGCAUGAAUGUAACAGUUGUUCGUCACGACAUAAGGAAUGGUUCCAUUUAAUCUCGUUCAGUCUAAUUAAAUACGUUGAUAAAAUUCAUACUUUAUUUACUAUGAAUGAGAUAGAUUGCAUCUGGCUUACCACUACUAAGGUCUUCACAGCAGGUAUUGUAUUCAUAGUCGUCCUAAGAUUCUUCAAGACGUCUUCUAGAUUUAAGAUCGAUGUUAAAGAGCUAUCUAAAAUUGAAUAUGAGUCAUAUAAUUAUGUGGUAUCCAAGUACUCUAUAGAAGCCUCAUUGGAAAAGUGUAAACAUAUUUUAAAGGACUUGUCUUUUUUCUGGGUGCGAGGCAGGAUUUACUCCGAAGUCUUGAAAGAUUUUCAAGAUUUGGUUAACUAA